AUGGCUUUGGCGGCUGAACAUCGGUUGGGCCAACGAAUGUAUGAUGGAAUCGUCAUCGCCCCAAGUAAUUCAGAAACUAGGAACCCCAAGCUACGUUCUCGGGUCUUCUAUGGUGCUCAUAACAACUUGCCUGAUUCGAACUCAGUGGCCGCCACAAGAGAGGCACUACGCUAUAUUCAGGAUAACGAUGCAGACGAUGUUGUAUUCCUAUUUCUUAUUUCAGGAGGUGGUUCGGCUCUGUUUUGCGCUCCUGAUGGGCUCUCUUUGGGAGAAAAACUCUCUGCUAUAAGAACUCUUACGUCAAAUGGUGCUGAUAUUCGAGUACUUAAUGCAUUUCGACAAAAAUUAUCUGUUGUGAAAGGAGGAAAGACGCUCAACUUUGUGAAAAAGGGAGAGGUGGUGGCCUUAAUUAUAUCGGAUUUAGUCGGUGAUCAAAUACAAUUUAUCGCAAGUGGUCCUACUAUUCCACAAACCGCAUCUAUGAUAGAAUUGUCCAAUGCAAUCACUACGUCUCCAAAGUGGACAUCACUGCUAUCACCAGAUGUUAUGAACAGAGUUCGGGAAUCGUCGCAGCCGCCAAUGCGCCAUUCCGAACCUCACAACAUCAUUAUUGCUUCGAACACGUACGCACUCGAAGAAAUGAAAUGCUACUUCACCUCGCUUGGGUAUGACUCCCACAUUGUUAGCUCAAAUCUUGAAGGAAAUGCUACAGAAGUUGGACGAUACUUCGCCGAAUUAAUUGCUGCGGGAAAGGACAAUAUUUCUGCAAAACUGGAAAAGUUCGGCAAAAAGCCUAACUUUUCGCUGGGAAAUACGGUUGCUUUGUUGUUCGGCGGCGAGACAACUGUUGUGCUACACGGUAAUGGACGAGGAGGACGUUGCCAAGAAAUGACACUUUCUUGCCUCAUAGCUCUCCAUUCCAAAUCUGAUCCUGCUCCUCCGUUUCUAUUUCUUGCCGCAGGGACUGAUGGACAAGAUGGUCCUACAGAUGCUGCUGGCGCUCUUAUCUCCAAUGAUGAUAUUGAUGACGAGUUAAUAAGAGAGGGCCAAAGCUACUUGAAUGCAUCAAAUUCGUACGAGUUCUGGUCCCAAUUUAAAAACGGUAAAAAUCAUAUUAAACCAGGGCCAACUGGUACUAAUGUGAUGGACGUUCAAGUAGUUUUGCUUGACUUUGGAGGAUGA